UGUGCUGGUCUAUACCGACACAUUAGUUUGCCAGUGUUGCGCGGCUAGCAGUGUGUGAUGCUCCACACCGACACACUAGUUGGAGGAGGACUGCCAGUAGAGGUGGUAGGCUGCUGGUGGUUAGUUUAGCUUAGCUAGGUGUCUUCUUCCAAGUCAUUCCGCUGAAAUUCCCAAAUUCCAAAAGGACUGAACAAGACAGCGGAGUGACCGCCACGCGGAAAUACGUGCUUUAUUUGACUGGUCUAGGUAUUUGGUUAUGUUUUAUUCAAUGCGGUUGUUCUUAAGGACUUCAAUCACAGGAGAGUUGGGUUAGCUAGGGAGAGCUCUUGAGUAGCAUGCCGAGUGUGUGAGGACUGUUGCAGGGCUCCGGCUAGCUAACCUAUCUAACAGAAGUGUGGAUACUCGGAUUUCAUCUUCUAAAAAGGAAGCAUGACUUCAAGAGGGGACUUGUGCUCGCUGACUGUACCGGUGGAAGGGAUGACAUGUGACUCCUGCGUCCAGACCAUAGAGAGCCAGAUUGGCAGAGAGCCAGGCAUUAUCCAUAUAAAGGUGUCCUUGGAACAUAAGAAUGCCACAGUAAUAUAUGACCAGGGGCUUCACAGCCUGCAAUCUUUAGCGGAUGCCAUCGAGGACAUGGGCUUCGAAGCAGAUAUGGCCAACGCCACCCCGGCUGUGGCCGUUCCGACAGAAACACGAGUGGUCCCCACGGGCGGCAGCGUCCCGGAGGUCCAGCGUCAGGCUCUGGCCCAUCUGAAGGGGGUACUGGAGUUCCAGCAGAGCGGCGACAGCAAGGGCCUGGCCGUCACGUUUGUGCCUGCUCUGGUGAGCACAGAGAAGCUUGCAGAGGCGCUGGGCGGGCUUGGCCAGGAAUCCGGCCUAGUCGCGAACUCCACAGAGAGGUCAGGGCCUCACAGCUCCGGCAGGGUGGAAGUGGUAAAAAUGCGCAUUGAGGGGAUGGUCUGUCUGUCCUGCACCACCACCAUCGAGGGCAAAAUUGGCAAAUUAAAAGGGGUGGAGAAGAUUAAAGUUGGUCUAGAGUCCCAGGAGGCCACGGUGCUGUACUUACCUUACCUAAUCUCAGUGGACGAGAUUAGAAACCAGAUCGGUAUGGCAGGCUUCAAGGCGUUUGUGAAAUCCAAGCCCCGUCAGGUACAGCUGUCUAUGGUGGACCGCCUGCUGAGUACCACGCGUCAGACACCCGACUCUUCUGAGGAGAGCACCUCCACCACCACCACACUGAUGGAUGUGAAGGGAAUGCGCUGCAACUCCUGCGUAGUGAACAUCCAGGACAAUAUCGCCAAGCUGCCGGGGGUCAGUUCUGUGCAGGUGUCGUUGGAGAAAGGACAGGCUGUCAUCCAGCAUGACCCAGCCCUAUCUACUGCAGCGGAUCUGCAGAAGGCUGUGGAGGCUCUGCCUCCGGGGAAGUUUGUGGCCCAUCUUGGCUCCCCCACGUCCCCCUCACAGAGGGCCCUUGUGUCUUCCCCUAAGCCCGCCUUCCUACAGCCCCUGGCUACCGUACUGCAGGUCCACAUUGAGGGCAUGACCUGUAAUAGCUGUGUGCAGACCAUCGAGGACACCAUCUCUCAGAGGAAGGGCGUCAGGUCUGCGCAGGUGUCUCUGGCCAAUCAUCAGGGGACGUUCGAGUACGAUCCCUUGGUAACCACGCCAGAGGAGCUCCGCGCGGCCAUUGAGGAGAUGGGAUUUGAUGCUUUUCUGCCUGAGACGAAUUCACUGGUGGCCGCAGUGUCCCAGAGUUCUCCGUCUGAGCGUGUCUCCCCUGCAUCCCCCGUAAAGGGGAAGGAAGUGGAGAGUGAUGUCGAGUCACCAGCAAACAAACAUUCUAAGUGUUUCAUCCAGAUCGGGGGCAUGACCUGUGCCUCAUGUGUGGCCAACAUCGAGAGGAACCUGAAAAACGAACAGGGGGUUCACUCUGUGUUGGUGGCGCUAAUGGCCAGCAAAGCUGAGGUCCGCUACAACCCGGCCACCAUCGACCCACUGAGGAUAGCCGAGUGCAUCAGGGAGCUGGGCUUCACCGCCUCCGUCAUGGAGAACUACGACGGCUCCGAUGGCAACCUAGAGCUCGUGGUCAGAGGGAUGACGUGUGCCUCCUGUGUUCACAAAAUCGAGUCCAACCUCAUGAAACAGAAAGGCAUCGUCUAUGCUUCUGUUGCCUUGGCAACCAACAAAGCCCACGUCAAGUAUGACCCGGAGGUGACGGGCCCACGGGAUGUCAUUAGGCUGUUGGAGAAUUUAGGCUUUGAAGCGUAUCUGGUGAAAAAGGAUCGCUCAGGAAGUCAUCUGGACCACAGCAGAGAGAUACAGCAAUGGAGGAAGUCCUUCCUCAUCAGCCUGGUGUUCUGCGUCCCUGUCAUGGGGAUGAUGAUCUAUAUGAUGGUGGUGGAUCACAUGAUUGAGGUGUCUCACCACCACAAUGCCACAGCUGAGGACAGACAGAUGUAUCACUCCCACAUGUUCCUAGAGAGACAGCUCCUCCCAGGCCUGUCCAUCAUGAACCUGCUGUCCUUCCUCUUCUGCGUGCCUGUACAGUUCAUAGGGGGACGUUACUUCUACACCCAAGCAUACAGAGCUGUGACGCACGGGACAGCCAACAUGGAUGUGCUGAUAGUCCUGGCCACCACCAUAGCCUUCACCUACUCCGUAGUCAUCCUGAUGGUCGCCAUGAUCGAGAGGGCGAAAGUCAACCCCAUCACCUUCUUUGAUACCCCACCCAUGCUCUUUGUCUUCAUCUCCCUGGGCAGGUGGCUGGAGCAGAUAGCCAAGAGUAAGACGUCGGAGGCUCUGUCCAAGCUGAUGUCCUUACAGGCGACCGAGGCCACUGUCGUCACCCUGCAUAGAGACACCAUGAUGGUUCUGAGUGAGGAGCAGGUGGAUGUGGACCUGGUUCAGAGGGGUGAUGUGGUGAAGGUGGUCCCCGGGGGAAAGUUUCCGGUCGAUGGGACGGUGAUUGAGGGACAUUCGAUGGCAGACGAGUCCCUCAUCACAGGUGAAGCCAUGCCCGUCACUAAGAAACCUGGCAGCACAGUCAUCGCUGGCUCCAUCAACCAGAAUGGCUCCCUCCUGAUCCGAGCCACGCACGUGGGCAUGGACACCACCCUCUCCCAGAUCGUCAAGCUGGUGGAGGAUGCACAGACCUCAAAGGCUCCUAUCCAGCAGUUUGCCGAUAAGAUCAGCGGCUAUUUCGUGCCCUUCAUCGUGGCUGUCUCUGUGCUGACCCUUGUCUCCUGGAUCGCCAUCGGCUUUGUUAACUUCUCUCUGGUGAAGAAAUACUUCCCUGGAUACGAUAAGAGCGUGUCUGAGACGGAGGCCAUCGUACGCUUUGCCUUCCAGGCCUCCAUUACUGUGCUGUGCAUUGCCUGCCCCUGCUCUCUGGGCCUGGCAACCCCAACAGCAGUGAUGGUGGGCACAGGGGUUGGCGCUCAGAACGGGAUCCUCAUCAAAGGAGGAGAACCCCUGGAAAUGGCGCAUAAGAUUCAGUCCGUGGUGUUUGACAAAACGGGCACCAUCACAUACGGCGCGCCCAGGGUGGUGCAGGUGAAGGUGUUGGUGGAGGGGAACCGGAUGCCCCGCUCAGGACUCCUGGCCAUUGUGGGCACGGCGGAGAACAACAGCGAGCAUCCACUAGGGGCUGCCAUUACCCGCUUCUGCAAACAGGAGCUGGGCACGGAAUCUUUGGGCAUCUGCACGGACUUCCAGGCGGUGCCAGGCUGCGGUGUCAGGUGUCGGGUGAGUAACACCAAGCACCUUCUGAGGAUGGAAGACAGAGACAGUGAGGAGAAGCAGCUUGGCCCCACACUGGUACAGAUCAACAACCCCAGAACCAGUGUCAAUGCACACCCGCUCAUCGAGGACCCCAGAACCAGCACCAUCGCACACCCGCUCAUCGACCCAGAGCCGCUCACUUUGCUGCAGACAGCCUCGUAUACGGUUCUGAUUGGGAACAGGGAGUGGAUGAGACGUAACGCGCUGCACAUCCGUCCUGAGGUGGACGAGGCCAUGACGGAGCAUGAGCGGAGAGGACGCACGUCUGUGCUGGUGGCUGUGGACGGCGUGCUGUGUGCCAUGGUUGCCAUAGCAGACAUGGUGAAGCCGGAGGCGGAGUUGGCGGUCCACACCCUCACCUCCAUGGGCCUGGAGGUGGUGCUGAUGACCGGCGACAACAGCAAGACGGCGCGAGCUAUCGCCGCCCAGGUGGGCAUCAGGAAGGUGUUUGCAGAGGUGUUGCCCUCCCACAAGGUGGCAAAGGUGGAGCAGCUGCAGCAGGCAGGGAAACGUGUGGCCAUGGUGGGUGACGGGGUGAACGACUCGCCCGCGCUCGCCAUGGCCGACGUGGGCAUUGCCAUUGGCACGGGCACUGAUGUGGCCAUCGAGGCAGCGGACGUGGUGCUCAUCAGGAAUGAUCUGCUUGAUGUGGUUGGCAGCAUUGACCUGUCAAAGAAGACAGUGAAGAGAAUCCGGAUUAACUUUGUGUUUGCACUGAUCUACAAUCUGGUGGGAAUUCCUAUAGCGGCUGGUCUGUUUCUGCCUGUAGGCCUGGUCCUGCAGCCCUGGAUGGGUUCUGCUGCCAUGGCUGCUUCCUCUGUCUCUGUGGUCCUCUCCUCACUUAUGCUUAAAUGUUACACUAAACCAACUGCUGAGAAGCUGGAACAGCGGUUGGCUGGCCAGUGCCUGCAGGGCAGCCUAUCGGACGUGAGCGUUCAUGUGGGCAUGGGCGAGCUACGGCGACCCUCGCCCAAGCUGAGCCUGCUGGACCGCAUUGUCAACUACAGCCGAGCCUCCAUCAGCUCCCUGCGCUCUGACAGGCACUCCCUCAACGGCAUGGCCCUGAACGAGGCUGACAAGCACUCGCUGCUCAUGUCCGGAACACACUGCGACGAGGAGGUCGUGUGAGGGGUGGGACUUUGCCGGAGGGGGCGGGGCUAGUGCAGGGAGCAGAGCGGCUCUUUGUUGCCAACAUGUCUCGGUGGUUAAUUUCCCUGGAGUGGUCAUCCUCCAGUCCCUGUGGAACCCUGUUUGUACGCGCAGGGAGCUUUGGGCCACGUCCCGGGGAAAGACGGGAAAGGCGGGGAACCCAUCCAAACGAGGGAUGGUCACCCUCUAGAGACAAUCUACGUCAACCCAAAGAAUUUCGGGCACGACAUAUUUUAACCAAUCUAUUGAAGCCUUUUAUUUCUGUGAAUAUUAUUGAGCUUUAGGAUUUUAAUUAAAAGAAUAUUUAUAAUAUCCUUUAUUUAUACUUUAUCAUGUAAGUAAUGGAUCAAUUUUAGCUAGCGAUAUAAGUUAAAAUUUGAUUUAUUUAUCCAAAUAUUUUUAGUGUCAGUCUUGUCUCCUGCUGAAUGGGAUGCAUUACAGUAGUCCAGGCCUGAUAAACACAGCUUGGUGCUUAAUUAAACAUCAGAGUCACACUGAUUACAACAUGCUGUAGUUCAUGGCAUCUGCUCAGGGGCCAUGAACUCCAUGUUGGCCCUUUCAGGGCCCUGGUGAAGUGACUGAACUUUGUGCACUAAGCCUAGUCCAGAUAAGACAACUAUCUAGACAUGAAACAUUCCAAAGAAAAGAUUUUGCGAUUUAUUUAAAAGGAAGAAAAAGAAGCAACAAGUUGAGCAAAUGACAAGAGCUACUUGUUAAAAACGGUGCAUAAUUAUCCUUAAAAAACAAACCCCGAACUGAAUCCUUUUGGCCCGGUGACUGGAACAUUGUGCAUGUCGGAAUCAGUAGAGAUCCAGGAGUUCAUUUGUAAGAGCAGCACACUGAGUAUCCUCUAAGGAAAAGACUUUAAAGUACAAAGCUUUUUUUUCCAGUUAGUUUUUUAUUUUAUUUUUAUUUUAUUUUAUUUUAAACUAUAACUAGCAACAUAACGGUAUCAGUGUCAGUCUUGGGGGUUUCUGCUACUGUUUGUCAGGACACAACUAACAUCUCUUAUCAGCUCUUAUCAGGGACGACUCGGACUGG